AUGACCAUCUCAUUCUCAGUCACACCCAAAGCUCGGAUCGUACCCAGUCUUCCAUCGACUCGAAUACUCAUCUACACCUUCCUAUUCACCCAGCUCUGUACUUCCGUACGCUCCUCGUCGUGUUACUACGACAGCUUCACCGGUAGGACCGUCUGUGAUGGUCUCUCUUAUGGUGCCCGGCUCGCAAUCGCCGCUGCUAUCACCGUCAGAUCUCCUAUGUCGUCCGCAAGCGCUUCUACGGCGCCCAGAACACCUCCUCCUGUCUCAGCCGGUUACUACGGUCCACCCCAGACUUCUUAUCCUCCCAAUGUAGCCUACGCCCAACAGCCCAAUCUAUAUCCCGGUGCACCUCCACCCGCGCCCGCUUAUGCUCCCCCUCCUGGGCCACCCCCACCUGGCUACAACCCUGACUUUUAUAAACAAGGCCCCCCACCGGUACCCCAGCAUCCAUGA